AAGCACUGGUCCCUCCACCUAGAUUAAACAAAUCAAAGUGUCAUGCCAGUCCCAGCGAUGGCAGAGCCUGUGGUUGAUCACCAGAAACGGUUUCAGGCUGCUGUGGAUGUCAUCCAUAACUUACCAAAAAAUGGCUCCUACCGGCCCUCCUAUGAGGUGAUGCUGCGUUUCUACAGUCUGUACAAGCAGGCAGUGUGUGGACCCUGCACAGUGGCUCGACCUGGCUUUUGGGACCCCGUGGGCCGCUACAAAUGGGACGCAUGGAGCCGCCUGGGAGAGAUGAGCAGUGAGAGGGCCAUGGCAGCAUAUGUGGACGAGAUGAAGAAAGUAGCACAGGAGGUCAUCGACUCCAUGCCCAUGAAUGAGAAGACGGCCUCACUCCUUUACCACUUUGAGCCUCUCUACCUGGUUAUUGAUGACAUGCCGCGACCUCCGCAGUCACUGCUCACACUCAGAGAAGGUCUUGAAGGUGGCGAGCAUGCUGAGACCAAGGUUGUAGAGGAAAAACAGGAGGGGCAUAAAGAAGACCCAGAGGGCCCAGAUCCAGAUGGAGAGUUCACCCUGUCAGAAGUUGUUGACCUCACUGCCACCAACAUCCCUAAUAACUCUGGAGUGUCUGAGGGUUUGACAUUGACCAGUGACUCAGAGAGUGAGAUCUUCUGUGACUCUGUGGAUUCAGUAGAGCAACUAACCAACGUCAAGAUGCCUGUUAAGUCCAAUGGCUUUCACAAUGGCCACGUGUCCCUGGAGUCAUCUCCAGGUCAGAGCCAUCAGCGUCUGGAAGGCAGACAGGUUGGAGCAGGCCAAGGUGGAGAAGGAGCAGAGGAUGGGAAGGGGCAGGGUCCCAUCAGGAGGGGUCGGGACUCUGGCCGAGAUGGUUCCAACCACAGCUGGAGAGAACGCGGUGUUCCACAGGGAAGUCCGAGACGGGGGUUCCCAAGUGGUGGUACUGGGGCCGGACGAGGAGGAGGAGAUGGUUCAGAGGGUGGAGCAGAGCGGCUGCAUGAUGCCCACCUGCAGCAGCAGAUCAUCCUGGCUCUGCGGAGGCUCAGGCAGGACAUGAGGAGUGUGAUGGACAGGCUGGAGGUGGUGGAGAGGCUUGCUGCAACACAUGCUCAGGGUUCAGAGUGGAAACCAUGCCUACAGUGUGCAGCCACAGCGUCACAACAGGAGGAGGACAAAUGGUGGCCGUUUGACAUGUCGGGUCAGACCGUCUUCUUCUUCCUGCUGUGGCCAUUUGUGGCUCAGGGUCUGGUGUACUUGCUGAGAAAAGCCCACCAGAGAGGUCGCACGUCUUCAUGAAGAGAGCUGACAGCCAACCAUGUGAUCCACUAAUGAAGUUUACUGGCCAGCCACAGGACUCUAUUGUGAACAGUUCAUCCUCCCUGUGUGUGGUCAGUGGAAGGAGGGAGCGACGUGAUGUUCACCUCAGGAUCCAGAAAUCCUCUCACUCACCACAGCAGACCAGUCUUCAUUUAGAUAAUACAAGUAGAGUAAUCUGAUUACAGGCUCUUUCCAAAAAAUUAGAAAUAUCAUGGAAAAAUUGUUUAAUUUCCAUAAUGCCAUUCAAAAAGUUAAACUUUAAUAGAUUGUAGAUUCAGGGCCCACAAUUGAAACGAUUUCAAGUAUUUAUUUGUUUAUUUUUGAAUAAUUUGGGUUUCCAGUUCAUAAAACCCACGAAAACAGGAAUUCAAAAAAUUAGAAAACUGUGAAGAAAUCACCAGUUUUUGCAGAAAGAAAAAGAAAUUAGAUUCACAUCAAAUCAAUCAAAAUAUGGUACUUUCAAAAUGAUGUGUCAGUCUUCAGUACUUGGUUGGGAAUCCCUUUGCCUUAAUCACUGACUCGAUGCACUGUGGCAUUGAGGCAAUCAGCCUGUGGCAUUGCCUGGGAGUUAUGGAGGCCCAGAUUUCCUUGAUGCUUUCUGUCAGGUCUUCUUUGUUUUUGGGUCUGGUGCCCCUUAUUUUCCUCUUGACAAUACCUCAUAGAUUCUCAGUGGGGUUUAGGUCCAGAGAGUUGGCUGGCCAGUCAAGGACUGUGAUGGCAUGGGCAUCAAACCAGGUUUUGGUGCUUCUGGCGGUAUGGGCAGGGGCCAGGUCCUGCUGGAAGAUGAAAUCUGCAUCUCCGUACAGAUCCUCAGCAGAAGGAAUCAUGAAGUCUUCUAAAACAGUCUGGUAGACUGUUGCAGUGACCUUGGAUUUAA